CUGCCCUGAAGGGCGGGCAGUAUUAACAUAUUGGAACAGGUAAGAACUUACCUGCCCAAGAGCACAGAAGGAAGAACCUGGAGCUGUAGUGUGAGGACUUGUUUAGUGAGCCUGGAAAGUAACCAGCAAGAUGUCUUCAGCAACAACUUCUGCCUCCUUACCCAGCGGCAUCAAUGUCCUGGCUUCUUUUCCAGAUGUUCUCAUUCUGCCUGAAUUUGUUUUUGGUGGCCUUGUUUGGAUUCUGGUGGCAUCUACACGUGUGAUCUUGCCAAUGCUGACAGGCUGGGUGAUGUUUGUCUCUGUCUUUUGCUUUGUAAUUUCAACGUUACUUCUGUUUCUGUAUUUCUGUGGAGCUCAUGGAGAAAAAUCUGGUUGGGUUGCUGUGGAUGCUUUCUACCAGGUGACAGCAUCUCUCUUCUACUUGAGUGCAGCAGUUUUGCUAGCCUUUACUACAUACUCAUUGAAGGAUGAAGCGAUGGUUGUCAAAGAGUACCGAAUAACUAUUGCAGCAGUGGUCUUUGCCUUUGUAACCACGCUGACCUAUGUGAUCCAUAUGAUGUUUUCACUAUUGAGAUGGAAAUCAUCUUAAAAGCCCCUGGCAGUCUUUAAUAGAGAGUUUUACAGGUGGAUUUGGUCUGUUGUUGGCGUACUCUGGAGAUGUGUUAUUACACACAACUGUAUUCCUUGCUGUCCUUUACUUUGAGAAGGAAAUCUUACAGGUUAUAUUUUACUUUAAUCUUUUUCUUUCCCUCUUAGAGUUUUGGACAAAUACACUUUGUGUCUCUUAAAUUUAUUUUUAUUAAAAAUCCCUGUUAUGUAAAUGGAGGUUCAAAUUUGUAUAAUAAAAAGCUUUGAGUUAACUAGUA